CCCUCACCUCAGCCGCGCCAACAGACGAUUGGAUGCUGCGGAUGGCCCACGCAAGGAGGCGGCGGCAGCAUCACAUCAUCAGCAGACCUCGUCGAGGGAUGCACCGUCCUCGUCGUCCCGCCUGCGAUGCUGCAUGCUGGGCGGCUGCGCCGCCAAACGCUGCCGCCGCGCGCGUGCCAAGGCCGGCGGAGCUCGGCGCCUGCGAGCAAAGACACCGCCCUGCUGCCAAGCAGCGAUGCCUCACUAUGGCAACGCAGCAGCAGAGGCCCGUGGGCGUGAUCUCGAGGCGCUCACAGCAAGGCGCAGCAUGCGACGAGAUCGCACGGCUGCGGGGUACGUUCUGCCCUCCGCCCGCUGGUGCUCCCACGCCUGCUCCCACGCGCAUGCCCGGCCGUAGCACAGCGGUACGGCCCCUGGCCCAGGCCCGCUGCGGCUCCGCGCACAAUGAUGAGCUUCCUCUCAUCUUCGUCGCCGCCCUAGACAUUCGCCGUCGGCUCUCUCUUCCGCAUCAGCCUCGCGCGUGGCCCACGGCUGCGCUCCACCGGCGCAUCGUGGUGGAGGCCGGCUAUUCGGCAUGACGCGCCGCGAACGCCGCUUCGGCGGCGCGCUGCCGCACCGCGGGCCCGGAUCUGCUCGCUGGCGCGGGCACGCGACAUCUCUCCUCGUGCCGCGGCCGUAAGCACAAGCGCAAGCAUGAGCAGCCCGAUGGCAUCUCGUCUAGCGUGCGACGUCUAGCGCGCGGCGUUGCUCGGCCGACGGGCGGAUGCUCGGGAGGUGGAGAGAAGCCAAGCGCCGGCACCUUUUCUUGGAAGCGCAGGCGUCGCAACUGACUCGCAUGGGACGCCGUCGCCGCCGCAGCAGCCAGGUGCGUGCGACUGAGCGUCGAUAUCCGGAGCAAGCGCUGCAGGGAAGUGAGCCGCACA